AUGCUAAUUCCAUUGCCUAUUCACGUCACUGCACAUUCUAUUUCUAAAUCAAGAGGCAUCACUACCACAUCUACUCGCUUUGGCAGAAGAUCGACGGCAAGUCGUAUAAUACCACGCACAUUGGCUACUAAUACAAAGACACAAUCCACUGCUUCACCGACACAUUUAAGCGUUUCCGAAAGUCCAGUAUACUUUUAUGGUACAUCAAAUGGUGGAUACGGAGUAAUUUCUUAUGUUCCCAUUUGUGCUGCUGGCCAGUCAGGCAUCAUUAUUAGCACAACAAGUGGUACUAUUAUGCCAUCAUCUAAUGCACCUCCAAAUCCAAGGGCAGCUUUUUGUGCUGCCAACUCUACUACUGGUGCACGGUUUAAAGGAAUAGGGUUGGAUGAGUCAUCUAAUCAGCUGUAUAUCCUAUACAAUGGAUCAUUAGGGCAAUCGGUGUCUUUGGUCAAUACUACAACCAUGGAUGUUUUGUAUACAGGCAAGAUUGAUUCUCAAAUUGGGGAAUGCACUUCAAUAGCAGUGGCAAAACAUGACACUAUUCCAACCUCGAUCGUUAUACUCUCUUCAGCUAGGGGAUUGUGGAUAACACCGACGAAGAGUUUUGAAUCUGGAGCAUAUACACAGCUCUCUCAGUUUCUAGCUGAUCAGACUCCAGUUGAUAUUGCAUCAAGCAACAACUACGUGUACAUAGUUGGAACUGUGGCUCGUUUAAAUGGCUACUUUAUCAAACAAAUCAACGUAGCCGACUCUUCCAGUAUCACUUUAGAUCUCGAGAUACUCACGACCCGAUUUUUAGAAACAUAUAGAUAUCUUGCAGAUAAAGCUCAAAUGACUAGAAAGCCUAUACAAGUGUGCAACUCUAUCGUGUACAUGUUUAUGGUAGACAUUAAUGGUCAGGGACUUGUCAUUAGAUCCUAUACCCAACAGCCAUUUCAAAUGCUUGGCCAGAAUUCAUUGUUGAUAUCAUCUGCAGACACUGUUGUUUCAAUUUCAUGUGCAUCAUCCUCCACCACUUUUAAUGAUGCAUCUUUUUCUGGAAUAUCCAUCCUUGUGCAGCCAGCAGACCAGAAAGAAUUGUAUAUCAUUAAUGUGGACAAAGAGACACGUGCUUCUUUCAAAAAAACAGUUUCCAUUGGUUCCAAACUCGAUUCUCAAAACAGCAUCAAUGAGUCUGUCAGUACAAUUGGUCUUGCCACGCAAUCUACAACUUUCUCUAUGGGAUUACUGCGCAUUGCCAAUUCAGUAGUUAAUACUUGGGUUGUGGAUUUGGUAAAUGGCUCAUAUCUUGCUGAUAUCACUCCAAACAAAACCAAUUGCGACACUGGCCAUUUCUUUUAUCCUUCAAAAAAUGCGUGUGUGUUGUGCACUGAAUUUGAAAAUCCUCCUAGUUUCUGCUUGAAACCUCAACUCCAGCGAUCCGUAGCAGAUUCUGGGCCAUCUGGGUUCAAGUCACUCAGUAUACCAGUGCGAGUGCUAAUUAUCAUUGGCGUACUGUUAUUAGCAUGCCUGAUUAUUGGGCUUGCGUUAAAGUAUUUAAUCUACUACAAAAAAACCCUUGAGCCACGCGAACAGUUGUUGGAUUCUAGCUUAAAGGCUAUAUCAUGCCAAACAGUCGAUUCUUUGUCUCAAAGUGAGUCCACCUCCUUCAAUACCGAUUCACCAGGUAAGGAAACGUAUGUGGCAGUAGAAUUAAAUGGCGUACUUGGACUAUCAGAAUCCAAAGAAGCUGGAAAUAAAAGCGAAUCUGAUCAAGAGUCGCUGAAUCGAUAUGCAAUGGACGAGUCCGUUCCACCUGUGCUUCGCGUAAAAACCUUUGGGGCAUACGACUUUUUAACAGCUGAUCUUGAUGCUUCAAUCGAUACACUAACUAAAAAAGCUAUUGAAAUGGGAAUGAAAGUCGAGACUGCUGAUAUGCGUUCUAGUUGUAUUGCACUUGGAAGCAUUGACGGAUUCUUACAAAAAAGAGUGUCAAUUUCAACAGUUGACCCAGACAGGUCAAUUCAUUCAGUAUAUGUGGAGCAAGACUCGGCUCAUGUAUCACCACUAGAUGUCUCGGUGUUGAACAGUCCUAUAAAAAGCUCGGAUAAUUGUGAAAUGCACAAUGAUACAUGCUGCUGUUUUUCAAAGCCUUUGCCUUUAAAAAGCUGUCCACAUUCCACGCCAUUUUCAACUGAUAUGGAAAGUGAGACUGCCAAUCAAAAUCACACACACGUUUUGGAUAUUGCAUCAGCCAAACCGAAUCUAGCCAACCAAGGUUCCAACCUUGCUCAUGCUGACCAUUACAGUAACACACUAAAUGCUCGAUCGACAACCUCAAUUAAUGACGACAAUAAUCACACACUCGAGUCUAGCCUCGUAUCUCAGUUUCCUCUUGAUAAUCUCUGUCAAAAUAAAUCAAGUCUUUUAUCUGGAGGCCAUGAUACACAAUGCGUCGAAAGAUCCUCGUAUGAAACGCAUAUUUCUCAAAAAUCUCGUGGACGGUCUUUCAGUGAAAACAAUGAGUUGAUUCGGCCAGCAUAUGCUACGACUGACGAUGAUGUGCCUGUAACAUCAUUGAAGAGUAUCAAACGGCUUUCAUCUCAAGUGGAUAUCGAGUCUAAAUGUGAUUCUGAUAAAACACCGAUUUUGAUCAAUUCUGAUCCACAACAUAGUCUAAAGCCUCGACAUAUGAAGACUGUUUGGCGACGUAGCCAAAGUUUUCAGUCUUUACGUCGAACUGAUGUACAAGGAAGAUUUCAUGGUCACAUUAUCAAAACAGCACCCAAGAAUGCAAUAUUUACAUUGAGGUCUACCAAUAUAGAAUCGAAUUCUAUCUCAAGUCCGUCUGAAUCCAUGUUAUCAUCAAAUCAGCUCUUGACUAAUAGAAUGACUGCAUCUAGAAUAUUUUCAGAUUAUACGGAUACUGACGAUGAGCAUCAUUCACCGAGAGUCUAUGCGCGUCUGAUGCGUAGUUGCUCAUUUGGACCAUUGAAUCUAGGUGAACACAGUGAUGAGUCGUAUCACUGA